UUUUUUUUAAGUCUUUCGUCCCAUAUUGCCUAAGACUUGUAUUAAUUUCAGUUGAGCUUGUUUUGAAAGGUAGAGCAAAUUUUUUUUAAAAAAAAAGGAGAGAAACGACACAAGAAGAAGAAAGGGAAGAGAUCAUGGCGUUAAAGGUGCCGGCUGCGCCGUUCACUUUCGUGGUACACGCGCUGGGGCUGGUGGGUUUGAUUCUUGUUCUGGUUUGGACCAUUCACUUCAGAGGUGGCUUCGCUUGGGAAGACUCCAACAAGAACCUCAUCUUCAACCUCCACCCUCUUCUCAUGCUAAUUGGCUUCAUUGUCUUGGGAGGUGAAGCUAUUAUUAGUUAUAAAUCACUUCCAUUGAGUAAAGACGUGAAGAAAUUAAUACACCUGGUUCUGCAUGCCAUUGCAUUAGUACUGGGCAUUGUGGGGAUAUACACAGCAUUCAAGUACCACAAUGAGAGUGGGAUUGCAAAUCUCUACAGUUUGCACUCUUGGCUUGGCAUUGGUGUUAUCGUACUCUAUGCUAUUCAGUGGCUCUAUGGAUUCUUGACCUUCUUCUUCCCCGGAGGUUCUGCUUACCUUAGGAGUGAGUCUCUCCCAUGGCAUGUGGUGUUUGGGAUUUUUAUCUACGUAUUGGCUGUGACCACGGCGACAUUGGGCUUUUUGGAGAAGCUCACUUUCCUUCAGAACUCGGGCCUUGCCAAAUAUGGAUCCGAGGCCUUCCUUGUCAACUUCACUGCUAUUCUCACUGUCUUAUUCGGAACCUUUGUUCUAUUAUCUGUUGCUUCUCAGGGUCCAUCGUCUGCUGAUGACUAUAGCUAUUCAGCUAUUUGAGAAUAAUAUAUAUAUAUAUAUAUGUAUAAUAUACUUUAUGCAUUUUGUCUUGUCUGUGAGACUUUAAUUCCCAGUUUCAACUAGCUAGACAAAUGUAAUGUGGAUAUAUAUUUGUUACUUUUGAAUUUGUAAGCUGGACAUGAUGUGAUUAUAUAUACGGAAAUAGUAGAAAAUAGGUCAAUA